CAGAUUUCAGCCCGGGGCCCGCUCAGCCCGCUCCUGGAUCCGCCCCUGUGACCGACUUGACAGAUUGAUCGAUUAUUAAAAGCUUUGAUGUGAUUUAACUAAGAGGCAGUUUCAGUUCCCUUUAAACUCUUCAGUCUAAAAACAUGGACAGCUGUACACGUGCAUGUACUGUUCUGAAUAUAACGGUUAAUGUAAGUGAUAUUUACAAAGAUGCUUAAAAAACCAGCUGUAAUAAAGUCAGUUAUUGUUACUACCACAUCGGAAGAAAUCAGAAAUCCAAAUGGGUCAUUUCCCCUUCUGCUGAUCUCUUUCUGAACUGAUCAGUUAAUGAUUGAGAGGUUGAAGUGGUGAAGAUAACGUCUGUUUUCUCCCAGCAAACAGUCCAACAGCCAGAGAUAUACAAUUUCAAUACCAUGGCCAAAGUAAAUAGGAACAUUUUGAAGGUUCAGAUGUUUGUGUUCUUGCUUUAGAAAAACUUCAAUGAUAUAUUGAUUAUUACAUGAAUCUUUGGGAGAUGUUUUUUUUUUUUACAGUUUUCAGAUUUAGUCAAUGAUCAUUUCAAUCAUGAAUGGAAAGAUUGAUCUAUAAAAGUGAUGAGAGCGUGGUGUAGAUGAAGUGCAGAGUGUGGCAAUCAAAUGUGUGUGCUGCUGAAAUGAUUUGUAGAUUAAUUGAUUAGUCAACAACCAAAAAGUCCCCCAAAAAAAUCUGAUAAUAGAUUCGACCUGUUUGGGAUUUAUUGAGCUAAACAACCACUGGUUCCAGCUUCUUACGUUAGUUGAUCUCAUAUUAUUGUUAUUUUAAUACUUUUAGGUUUGAUGAGUGAAAAACUCUUUGCUCAGUUUAGAACUUGAAUGUGCUGCAUAGCAAUGCUUGCUUAAGCUUGUGUGGCAUUUGGUGAGUUGCUGCCUCCAGAAUGUGCAUCCACAGCUCGACUGGCCGGUGCAUCAGUGUGUUAGACGCGCACAGUGUACAGCACACUGCGUGGAGAUGAGACCGAGGCCAGUCGAUGCUGUGGGUGCAUCGCGAGCAGGAGAGGAGCUCUUUCAGUCCUUCCGCGAACCCGCUGCCAAACUCCACUUCCUCCCCCGUCCAUGCUCCCGCCGCGAGGCCAGCCAGUCGAAUGGAGGACGAGCCUGCCAGGCUGCCUGCGCACCUGCGUCUGCAGCCGGUCUUUUGGAGCAGGGAAGACGUGGCCCAGUGGCUGCGAUGGGCCGAGAAGGAGUUUGCCCUGCGGCCGAUCACCAGCGGCUCUUUCCAGAUGAAUGGGAAAGCCCUGCUGUUGCUCACCAAAGAGGACUUCCGCUACCGAUCCCCCCACUCUGGGGACGUCCUGUACGAGCUGCUGCAGCACAUCCUGAAGCAGAGGAAGCCCCACGUGUUUUACCCCUCUGCCUACUUCCCUGGGAACUCCUUCCACUCGCUGCCUGAGAGCCCUGGGCAGCACGUGAAGCUCGAAGAAACGGUACGACGAGGGCCGCGUGGUACAGAGCCCCUCCCCCAGCAUCCACCAACCAUCGAGCUGCGGCACCGCUCCCGCUCCCCUCUCCACCCAACCCAGCGUCGAUCCCCCCUGGGGCCCAAUCAUCCCCGCCCGGCCAACGAUGAAUCCCUCCAAACCUUCUCAGAGCUGCCAGACAGCAACCACCACCUGCACGAGGAAAUGUACCCCUUGUCCGUGUCCCCAGCCGCACCGAACGGCCGCUGCACGACACCGCGAGAACCCCUGUGCCCAGGCAGCCCAGGGGGCCAGGAGGCGGGCCCUCCUCGCGUCAUCCAGCUCAUGCCCAGCACCAUCAUGAACCCUCUGCUCCUCACCCCGAGCAGGAGUGGCGGGGCUGCCGGCAUUGACUUCAGGCACAGCCGAGGCGGACCCCUGUCCCAGGCGACACACGAGAACGGGCGUGAAAGUAAAAUUCACGGCCACCACCAUGCGCUACCCCUGACACAUCAGCAGCAGCACCUGCUGCAGCAGGAGGAGGCGCUCUACAGGAACCACGUCAUCAUGCCGGUGUCUCCUCCAGAGGAGCCGCAGAUGCCCAUAGGACGGAUAGCAGACUGCAGGCUGCUGUGGGACUACGUCUACCAGCUCCUGUCAGACAGCAGGUACGAGAACUACAUCCGCUGGGAGGAUCCAGAGAGCAAAGUCUUCCGCAUCAUGGACCCCAACGGCCUGGCCAGGCUCUGGGGGAAUCACAAGAACAGGACAAAUAUGACGUACGAGAAGAUGUCGCGAGCACUGAGACACUACUACAAACUGAACAUUAUCAGGAAAGAGCCCGGACAAAGACUUCUGUUCAGGUUCAUGAAAACCCCCGACGAGAUAAUGAACGGACAGACGGACCGACUGGAGCACCUGGAGUCCGACACAGACGAACAAAUCUACAUCAAGGAGGAAUGCUGAGGAACUCCGGGGGGGGGAGGAAAACUGUCCACAAUCUCCUUACUACUUAAACUACUACAGCCGCUGAUGCCUUUCAGACGCAGCUUGAACAAUCGAUGUUGAAUCCGGAGCGCGCGGACGCUCCCUCGUAUCGUUCCUGCGCAGCGAGACGUGAAAUCUGAUCCCUCUUGUGAUUGCCUUAGGAUGAUCCUUUUCUGAAGUUAAACAGACACACACAGCAUCAGUUGUUUUGAUUUCCCUGGUGGGCAGAGACUUUCCAUGUGCUCCCCUCUUUGUUUCUGAAUGAACUGCAGAAGCCAAUCACAUGUGCUUAUGUCACUUUUACGAUUUUGUUUUUGUCUCUUCACUUGCAUUAUACGAUGGAAUUUUGUAAAAAGAAAAUUGUGUGUGUGUGUGCCCGUGCGAGUGCGUGUGUAUGUGUGAGUGUGUGUGUGUGUAUGUGACAGGAAUGUUUUCACCACAGAAUAAACAUUUUUGAUCAAACUGAA